UUUGAAUCCAUCCACGUCCGCCGGUUAUGAUCGGUUCCUUCCGGGUUAUCCUCCGCCCCCACCAUCCUAACCCGUUCCAUUUCAGAAGUCCAACAAACGAAUAAAAUCCCAUCCGCCCGGAGCUCCUCCCUUAUCUCCCCACCAAGGUCAUCAGCAGCGAGGGGGGCGCCACGGGCCAGAUCGGGAGAGAACGAGAACGAGAACGAGAGCGAGCGAGGGAGCCGCGAGGAGAGUGAGAGAGUUUUUAGGGAGAGUGCGGAGGGAGAGCUAUAUAGAGAGGGUGCGUUGAGAGAGAGAGAGAGAGAGGUGGAGAGGGCGAUAAACACCAGGAGAUUGGUAGUUCUUUCAGAAUUCUCCCGAGGACGAGGGAUUCAAGGAUUCUACUUUUGUUUCUUUCGUCGAUUUGGCUCUCGAGUCGAAGAUUAUGGCAACAAAGCUCGUGGUUCUCGGAAUCCCCUGGGAUGUGGACACCGAAGGACUCAGGGAGUAUAUGAGCAAGUUUGGACCUUUAGAUGAUUGCAUUGUUAUGAAGGAGCGCUCAACUGGCCGUUCUCGUGGAUUUGGCUAUGUCACUUUCUCAGCAGCAGAUGAUGCAAAGAAUGCACUUGAGAGCGAGCAUAUUCUUGGAACCAGAACUCUUGAAGUGAAGGUUGCUACACCAAAGGAAGAAAUGAGGGGGCCUGCUAAGAAAGCUACUCGAAUAUUUGUAGCCAGAAUUCCACAAACUGUAGAUGAAUCAAUGUUCCGGAGUUAUUUUGAGUCCUUUGGAGAGCUAACGGAUCUUUACAUGCCAAAGGAUCAUGACUCUAAGGGGCAUCGUGGAAUUGGGUUUAUUACUUUUGCUAGUUCAGAAUCUGUUGACACUAUAAUGACAGAAACUCAUGAACUUGGAGGUUCAACUGUAGUUGUUGAUCGCGCUACCCCUAAGGAUGAUGACAUGAGGUAUCCGAGCAGAGUAGUUCAGGGUGGAUAUGGUGCCUAUAAUGCUUAUAUAACUGCGGCUACUAGGUAUGCAGCUCUCGGCACGCCUACACUGUAUGACCACCCUGGAUCAGCUUAUGCUAGAGGAGGAGGAUAUUUUGGAAAUUCCCGUGGAUAUGGCAAAAAGAUAUUUGUUGGCAGACUUCCACAGGAAGCAACUGCUGAUGAUCUGAGGCAAUAUUUUGGGAGAUUUGGGCGCAUUUUAGAUGUUUAUGUUCCAAAGGAUCCUAAAAAAACUGGUCAUAGGGGCUUUGGUUUUGUUACUUUUGCGGAGGAUGGUGUGGCAGAUCGUGUGUCGCGUAGAACUCAUGAAAUUCUAGGGCAAGAGGUGGCAAUAGACUCGGCUACGCCAAUUGAUGAAGCUGGUCCAAGUGGAGGUUUUAUGGACCCAGCUGAGGCUUUUGGGGGAUAUGGUCCGAUGCGUUCUUAUGGAAGACUCUAUGGUAGCCUGGACUUUGAUGAUUAUGGUUAUGGAGCCAGCAGAAGCAGCAGCAGCAGAUCAUCAAGACUCGAUUGGCGGUACAGGCCUUACUGACUCACCAUGUUGCAAACAACCACCUUGUUGGACAACUAAACACUUUCAAAAGUCGUUUCGUAUUCAAAUUGCUCUAAACAUACUAGAUUUGAUAGCAAAAUCUGUCUACUCCGUAAUGGUUGUGUGAUACGAUAUUUUAUCUUGUU